AUGUCCCCACAGAAGAACAUCAUCAUCACCGGCGCAGGUGGCUUAGUCGGGCCUCUCCUAGCCAGUCGGCUACUUAACGAUCCUACCUAUCGCCUAGUUCUUACCGACGUUGUUGAACCCGUCGUUCCAAAGGGAGUUAAGCAUCCCGAGAACGCGGUUUGCCUUAGGGGCGAUCUUAGCGACCCCGUCUUCAUCAAUACCCUCCUCGAAACCUCACAACCUUUGCACGCCAUCUUCAUAUUUCACGGCAUUAUGAGCGCGGGAUCUGAGGCAAACUACGAUCUGUCGCUAAAGGUCAAUGUAGAAAGCGUGAAGACCCUUCUGCUAGCGCUACGGAUUAAGAAUCCCGGCGUUCGCGUUAUCUAUAGCAGCUCCCAAGCUGUCUACGGUCAGCCAUUACCGCCAGUCAUCACUGAUGAUGUAACUCCGACGCCGGAAGGCACAUACGGCGCCCACAAACUCCUGAACGAGAUAUUUAUCAAUGACAUGCACCGAAAAGGCUUUAUCGAUGCCUUCAUCCUCCGUUUCCCCACAGUUUGCGUCCGCCCGGGUCUCCCAAGCAAUGCCGCUCCAUCUUUUGUGUCGGGUAUGAUCCGUGAGCCAAUGAAGGGAGAAGAAUGCGUUAUCCCUCUUAAGGACCGUUCUUUGAGGAUGUUUCUCUGCGCACCAAGUACCUUACAAGAGAACCUGGUCAGAAUCCUAAAUAUGGAUAGCAACAAGCUACCCAAACAUAUCCGACACAUUAAUAUCCCCGGUGUAUCCGGUACGAUUCAGGAUCUUAUGGACGGCCUUGCAAAGUACGGUGGAGAGGACAAGCUUAAGCUUUUGCGGGAGGAGACCAAGCCCGAGUUGGAGCGAAUCCUUCGGAGCUGGCCGCAAGACUUCGAUAUGACAACGCCAUUAAAGCUAGGGCUUAAGAGGGACGAGAAGGUGGGAGACCUCGUGAAAGAGUACAUCGACUCAUUGAAGUCAUAA